UCAUAUACAGAGUUGCACUAUUCGACACAACUAGGCUACGGCAGUCAGUCAGUCGCGGCGCGUCAUCGGCAAUUCGAAAGCGAAAGAACAUAUAGCCUACUGAUCUUAAAACACGUAAGAUUAUCUUCAUUAAAACACGUAAAUACUGUAACAUUUUUAUCGAACGUUGUAUUUUGUCGUAAAACACUGUUGUUAAAGAUGCAGAAUGUCAGCGAACAUGACAGCUCGAGCGGUCUCAAAAUGGGAACCACCAUUAUUGCCGUUGAGUUCGACGGUGGCGUGGUAGUGGGUUCGGAUUCAAGAGUUUCUGCAGGGGCCUCAGUGGUGAAUCGGGUGAUGAACAAGCUUUCCCCCCUCCAUGACAAGAUCUACUGUGCUCUCUCUGGAUCAGCUGCUGAUGCUCAAACCAUUGCUGAGAUAGUCAACUACCAAUUAGAUGUUCACAGUAUUGAGGUGGAUGAGGAUCCAUUGGUGUGUUCAGCAGCUACUCUGGUGAAGAACAUUUCUUACAAGUAUAAAGAGGAAUUAUCAGCUCAUCUCAUUGUUGCUGGAUGGGACAAGAGGGCGGGUGGACAGGUCUAUGCAACCCUUAAUGGGUUAUUAAGCAGACAGCCAUUUGCAGUGGGUGGCUCUGGAAGUUUCUACAUCUAUGGCUUUGUGGAUGCGGAAUACAGAGCAGGCAUGACCAGACAGGAGAGCCAGGAGUUUGUGAUCAGCAGUCUGUCACUGGCAAUGAGCCGAGAUGGUUCCAGUGGAGGUGUGGCUUACCUCGUCACUAUUGACAGUGAAGGCGUGGAAGAGAAAUGUAUUCUGGGAAACCAGCUUCCUACAUUCUAUGAUCCAGAUACAAAUGAGCCAUCCAAGGCAGUGAAAGUGUGAAAACUUUGUUUGAUUCUUGUGUAUUGUUUAUCAAUAAAAUAUUCUCUCUUU